UAGUUAUCCGCGGGAUUACAGUUGUAACGUUGCACAUCUAUGUCUCGCUCAUCAAAAGAAGAUUGGGUUUGUAGUGAUCCAAAAUGUAAAAAUGUGAAUUUUGCUAAAAGGGACAAGUGCAACCGUUGUGACAAGCCUAGGAAAUUUGUGGCUUCAGGUAAUGCUGGUUUAGAGGUCGGGAAACAGCUAGCUGAAAAAAGCAAAGGUCUUUUCAGUCCAGAUGAUUGGAUUUGUAAGACAUGUGGAAAUAUCAACUGGGCACGUCGAAGUACCUGCAACGUGUGCAAUGGAUCGAAGGUCGACAUACAAGGCGAAAGAACAGGUUAUGGUGGAGGGUUUAUGGAGCGUGAUGAAGUAGUAGAGUACAGAGAACGCAGAGACUCAGAUGAUGAGUUUGAUGAAUUCGGUCGUAAAAAGAAAAGCUUUCGAAAAAAUCAGAGUGAGCAAUCUAGCAACCAUGACUCGUCCAAUUUGGGUAACAAUUCUGUUACACGAGUUCAUGAUAAAGAUGAUGAGGACGAAAAUGGCAAUAAUAAAGGUGAUGAUAGUGAAGAUGAAGAUUCUGGUGAUGAUGCUGAUCUCUCAAAGUAUGAUAUUUGGGGGGCAGGAAACAACGAUUCGGAUGAUGAGUUAUCAAAUCAACGAAAACCUGCAUCUUCACAAGAAGCUGCAAAAAACAAGUCACGAAGUCAUAGCCACUCUUCUUCUUCGGAUUCAGACUCUGAUUCUUCCUCAUCUUCUAGCCAGACCUCACAUUCAUCACACUCUGACUCAUCAUCAAGUUCCCACAGUGAAGCAUCUUCCAAACUCGAAAAUCAAUCCAAUAGCAAACGAUCUCAUCCUAACAACGGGAAUGCAGACAAUGAUAGUGACAACUCAACUCGUGUAAACCACAAACGAAAAAAACAAUAAUGGACAACAGCCGCACGAUCGAUUGAUGUCCGGCCACUCCUGUAAAACAGUUAUUCAGGACAGCAAUUUUUUUCUAUCUCCUUUACCUACAAAAUAAUUAAAUUACAGUAUAAAGAUGUCAUUGUAUAUUGUUCAUCAUUCCUAUGUCAGCUUCAAUGUCAUCUUCACCUUUUUGCAACUCUAUCCCCCUUUUUGUAUGUGUGUGUGUGGUUAUGUCAUUGGGAUUUAUUUCCUGUCUUUCUCUUAAAAUAAGGAUCAUAUAAAGGAUCUAAAUAUAAUUAUUCUGCUCUCUUAUUAUAAUUAUUCGUAACAUUAGUUAAUUUACAUCUAUUCUACUUAUGUGUAUAUGUACAGUGUUCAUAUUGUGCUUUAUAUAUAUAACAUCUUUUAUUGACA